AAGGAAGGAAUAGGAAAGGCUUUACCGGAAUUAGCAUCUCUGUGGAAUUUGAUGGAUGGCAUGAUUAAGAACUUAAUCAGAAAUUACGAAUUUGUGUUCAGGGUUACCACCAUUGAGAAUUAUUUGAAUCCCGAGAUAGUCAAACUAGAGAUGCGAACAUGGGAGCUAACCAUUAACACACUCCCUUGGGGCCUAAAGCCGAAUAUGUUUAAGAAUGACUCCCGUGCCCAGAAUAUCGUCAACCACCUGAAAGGACGACUGGAACACUACUUCUCUGAAUCAAGUGCUUUGAUAUAUUCAGUUGCGAGGAUGUACAACCUCUACACCAUAAAGAUCUUAAAGGAGAACAACGUCGCGUAUAAUGGGAUGACCAUCCCACGGAAAUUCAUCAACCAGAAGAGGGCCACAAUCAUUCAAGCGAUCUACAACUUUUCGAACUCAGAGCGGGUUUUACAGGACAAGAUGGAUCGAUUCCAAAACAUGGCCAAGAGACUUCAUUCAGUAAACAAGACGGAAUUCGAAACAUUGUACAACACGAUGUUUGCAGCAGCAAAUGAAAUUAAUGGAGUUUACCUCAACCAGUUUCGGUCCGGCACUCAGAAUUUAAAUGAGGAAAUGAAGAAAGUUAGUGAGUCAUUGGCGGAUGCAAUUAAGGUAUUCAAGGAGAAUCAUGUUAAAGUGUCGAAUUUCUUCUUGGAAAUACUCAAACUGACAGAAGAGUACGAGUGGAAGAUGUCAAGGUAUGGUGUCCAUGCAGUGGAGAAUAAUUUCACAGCUGUAGUGAGGCAAGCGCACGACUUGAUGCCCGUCUGGCAGAACGUUACAAAGGAAAGGCUUGUUGAGCUCUUCACUCCCGCAUCUAACUUCCAGGUCCUGAUCACCAAAUACAGACGCGAAAACUACGUAUUGAUGAACACUCUGACUAAGUUUGAAGCGGCAAAGGCGAACUUAAAUACUAUUGAUGACGUCGAUAAUGCUAUAACUGCUAUUCAAAGAGACUUGCCACUCCUCAGUGUCCAUUUCGCUGCGGUGACUACCAACUUGUUACCGCUACUCCGGCAUUUACGCAGGACAUUUCAAGACAUGUUCGAGCUGAUCGGUAGGGUGGACAAUGCCAAGUAUACCUUCCUCCAGAAAUUUGAGUAUGUGCUUAAUGAGAUAGUGUCGUUUAAUAAAAGUCUGCAUAUUGAUGACGUCAUGAUACGGAACAAUAUGCUGGCCUUACAAGUGUUUUAUCAGAGUCUGAGCCUCACCGAGGUGGUCAAAUCUCCUGCAUACACUUGGUUCUCCCUAUUGUCUGAUGUUGGUGGUACAGCCGGCCUGUUCCUCGGGGGAUCCUUCCUAACCGUUCUAGAGCUCGUCUACUUCAUCGGUAGGAGCUGCAGAGUUCCCUACACCAUAGCCGCCACCAAGGCCAAAACCAGUGAGGUCCGGAGCAUUGACUCCAACAGCACUCAUACCAUCAACACUUGUCAGGCGGACACGAAAACGAAUGUGUUCUCUAUCAGAACAACCGAUUCGGACUAUUUCACGUAUUAACGGUUUCCCACCAGGUGGUCUUGUUGUGCGUGUCAGGACGAAUAUGAAACUGCUGGACACCAUUGUGCAGUCACACAUACACGAUAUGGCGAUGAGCUACGAGGCUAACUCACAACCCGCACCAUGGUGUCAGACAGAGGCAGAACUGGGCUUCUUUGCGUUUCCUCCCUGGUCACGCAUUGCGCAAAACGUCUUAAGAACUGAAUAGGGCUAUUAGAAACUCCUUCUUGAAGCAAGACCAUGCU